GAUACACGUAUUUAUUCAGUCAAGAGGACUCGGAUUCCGUGGUGCCAUUGAAGGUUCUGUGGUCAAUUGUCUUUCCUACUUUUCCUUCCUGUUUUUCGUUGGUUUUCUGCAUACUAUUGUGCCCUUGACUUUAUUCAAAUUCAAUUCAGCUGGUCCUGGAGACUUUAGACUUCAAACUUCAAACUUUCAUCUGUCAGUCAGGUAAUUAUAAUUGUCACGAAGAUUACGGUCAUUAUGGAUUCUACGACUCUCUUUACUUUCCUCUUACAUCACCCUUAUGCAACUUCAGUUGAGUUGCUCGGAUCCUGGGACAAUUUUUCCAGAUCAUACCGCAUGCAAAGAGACCGGCGCCGAGGUCAUGGCCAUUGGACCGGUUGCUGGAGUUUCGAGAACAUCAUUUGCGACGGAGAUCUCUCACAGCCAUAUCAGAAGCGUAACGGUGCCUUUAAGCAGGGCGGCACGUACUGGUACUAUUAUCGGGUGGAUGGAGACUCCGAAUAUUACGAUCCAACCAUCCCCGCUACGUCGGCUUGUCCACUUCUUCCUGGUCAACGAAUGAACGUACUAGAUGUGCCACAUGAGCAUACCCAUGAGUUUCGGAAAGGGCACAUGAAUCCGUCGACCUCGCAUACAUGGAACCCUGAUGACCGCUACCUGGAGCCACGACCCGCACCGAAGCCCGCUCUUCCUCACCUCAUCACCGACCCUUCCGGGCUUUCCAAGUCCAAAAUCGCUCGAGGACCAUCAGAGAACAUCCGGUACCCGAUGUCGGCAGAUUCAUACCUGUAUCAGCAGAAAUCUUCCGUCGAUGGGCGGGAAGUCAAAUCAGACGUGUCGCCUGCACCAUCCCUGCUCAAAUCGGCCCUGUCGACACUGAAGAGUCCGCCGAGUGCGAUGACUCCUAGCCAAGGUGGUCGCGGGCGGAGCAGGACUUUACCUCCGAGCCAUGAGCGAGCGACUCGUACUCAUUCGCCAAGUCAGCGGGAGUUGAAGAUAAGCUCUCCAAUCCUGAUCGUUGGGCCCGAUCAGGAGCGACUUAAAUGUCUUCCCAUCGUCCAAGCGCUCAAAGACUCGACUACCUUACUCCCGGUCAAGCAUAACUCGGGGUCCCCUCCCCUGUCGCCUCUCGGCUCACAUCCAGUCAUGGCUGAGGAGCUAUCUCAGUUCCGUGUUCCCAAGCAACGGAGGGUGCAGUUGGCUAGCCACUCGAGGCAGAACUCGGAGGGACAAGAUAGUGAGGGGCGCUCGUCGUGUUCUUCGCGAGAUGGAUCUGGGUCAUGCGCCAAGACAUGUCCGAUCUGCAGGAGUGCCGAAAGUAUCGCUCGUAGACGGUCGAUAUCGACGGGGCGGAUGAGAGAGCCCUCUCCGCUACGCAAAUCGAUGUCGAUUGACGUGAACAGCGAUGCAAGCGUGGUCCAUGUUCCCGAGGACAUUCAGGAGGUGGAUGAUGAGAGUCUCCGAACUCCAAUGGUUCUACCACCGGACACAAUGGCGAGCAGUUUGCAGGUUCCGAUCCCUGAAGACCCUCUUCUGCGUCCACAUACUUCCGACUGCAUCCCUACUCAAUUCCCAUCCUCCCCUCUCGACAAAGACCUCCCCGCCCUUCCGUCCUACCUCUACCCCUCCCCCCUUCGCAUCAACCAAUCUUUCAGCUCCCUCCCUACCGAUCUCGCAGACCUCCCCCUCGAUUCUCUCGGCCCUACCAGUCGCUUCUCCGCCUGGACCGUCUCCACCUCCUCCUUCCCCCCAUCCCCUUCCUCCCCCCUUCCGUCUCUCCCCUCCUCCCCCACCUCCUCCCACGCCUACCACGAAUCCCCCUCCUCCGCCCCUCACACCCCCCAGAGCCUCUCCUCCCCCACCUUCAGCUCCAUACACGGCUUCUCCACCGACGGCCGCAACACCCCCCGCCGCCUCUCCGACGCCGUCUCGCUCGAGGAAUUCAACGCCAGCGACAAUCGCUUCCCCUCGCCACUUUCCGAGGAUACCCAACGCAGCGCUGAAGAUCAAGCGCACCGCGAAAUGGCAUACCGGCAGCUCACCGACUACCCGCACCCCACGGCGAAUAGCUCGCUCGUGGACCUGCUCCGCGCGUAUGACGAACGGGCCGUGGAAGCGCGGUCGGGGACACCCACGACAGUUGGGGGGUUGGGGCCGCCGCAGCCGUUUGUGGGUGUGGGGAAGGAGGGAGGUUUGAAGGGGGAAAAUGGAUUGGGGGGGAUGGAGAGGCGCGCGAUGACGGCGAUGGAGGAGCUGAUGAGCGAGUUUGAGUAUUUGGGAGGGGCGCUGCUGUAGGGUUGGUAUGUUUAGGCCGAGUGGAUGAUGCUGUAUUUUGUGUAAAUAUACGGAGUUACUGGUUGAUGGUAAUAUGGGGGAUUCUGGGAUGGAGGCUGGGGAUCGAUAUCCAUUGGAAAAAUGAGCUGGUCUAUGAUGAAACCCGACGAGUCAAGAGGUAGGAUAGGGGAUCAGACACCAGAUUUCUACCCAUGCUAGGUUAUGGAAUGCGACCAUCUGGGAUAGAAGAAAUUGAGGGUUCUUCAUCAUUGACGUGCUCCCUCGGUCUACGUACGGUGCGAGUGACCAUGGUAUUUAGCGAAACCUUUUGACGCGCCUCGUGAGAUUUUCGGAAACCGUGGAGUACGUCAGUGGUAGGCUAUUGAGGUAUCCGCUUCAUGUUUUUCUGAACUCUCCGCUCCUC